AUGCAGCUACUCGUUCUCGCUGUGACAGCUGCGGCUGUUCUUGCGGCACCUGCCACCCAGGACGCAGCAGGCAUUACCUACCAGGGCUUUGAACGCAAUGGCGUUGAAAUUUUCCUCGGGAUUCCCUAUGCACAAGAUACCGGUGGCCAGAACCGAUUCAAGCCACCACAGCCGCUUCAGGUGCCCCCAGGCGCAGUCGUGGAUGCCACGAAGCCUGGUCACGCCUGCCCUCAACAGCUGGGCCAGUGGAACGCGCCGUUGACACUGCUGAACGUCACCCAGGAGAGCAUUUCAGAGGACUGCUUGAACUUGAAUAUUGUGCGCCCGGCGAAAGCAAGUUACAAGACUACGAGCUAUCCUGUGAUGGUAUGGAUCCACGGAGGUAGUUUCUGGGUCGGCAGCAACAUGGAACCGACACACGAGCCGGACGCUUUAGUAUUGAACUCGGUCGACGAGGGUACCCCAAUCAUCCACGUUGCCAUUAACUAUCGCUUGGGCUUCUUCGGGUUCGCAAAAUCUGGCGCACUGCGGAACGAGCGCAGUGAGAACGCAGGGCUCCGCGACCAGAGAGCAGCCAUUGAAUGGGUCCGCGACAACAUCAAGUACUUUGGCGGCAACGGAAACAAGAUCACCAUUCACGGUCAGUCUUCAGGCGGUCUUGCGGUCGGAAUGCAGCUGUUGGCGUUCGGUGGCGAGAAAGCACUGCCAUACCAGCGAGGAAUCUGCCAAUCUCAGGCUCUCGAGCCCGGAAUCACCGGCAAUUUCACGCGUGAUGCGAUGAACAAAGUCAUCGAAUAUACAAAGUGCAACCCUGGCAACGGCUCAACCGAUUCACCGGACGUGAUUGCAUGCCUCCGAAGCAAAGAUACGCAGACCCUGUACGAUGCGUCUGCGACUACGUAUACGGGCGAUAUCGCUCACAACAUCGGCGAUGUCUGGCUCCCUUCUGUCGAUGGCGAUUUCCUCCCAGACGCACCGUCCAAGCUCAUUUCCGAAGGCAGAUUCGGCGACGCGUCGUACAUGUUCGGCUGGACCCAAGGGGACGUGAACUUCUUCACGGACGUCACCAUCCGCACCGAACACGACACAAAGAAGUUCCUUGAAACGUACUUGCCAAAGAUCGACCCUUUUGCCCUUACAACUCCCGGUGCAGACCCGCACAUAACCGAAUACCUCUCGCUCUACCCAGUUACGGAUUUCGCUCCACCAAAUGGCACCAACCUCACCGCCGAAUUCUACCGCACCGCCCGCGUCUUCCGUGACAUUCUCAUGGUCUGCGAGCCCAUCCUGCUCGCCCGCGCCCUCCACAAAAAGGAAAAGCGCGUCUACAUGUACAACUUCAACCAGACGCUGCUCGACCCGAUCAUCGCGUCCGUCUACAACAUCUCGCACAUGGGCGUCGUGCACACAUCCGAGUUCGCAUACAUCUACGCCAACCUCUCGCACUACAACGUCUCAGCCUACCCGUUCCACCCCGCGCAGUCGGAUUACGACCUCGCACAGCGCGCGUCCCGCUCCUGGGCGCGCUUCGCGUACGCGGGUGAUCCAUCGCCUGCCGCCGGACCCUUCGACGAGGCCGAGGCUCGCGGACCUGGGUACACACCUCGCAGGCCGGGCCACACAUAUGUAUACACGAUCGGGGGCCCGGAGGAGGGGCUGUGGCCGCUGGAUGGGGAGGGGAGUGUGGAGGCGGUGCGGGUGCAGGGGUUGGAGGAGAAGUGUGCGUUUUUCAACGAUGCGGAAUUCAUCAGGCGAGCUGGGUUUUAG